AUGAAGUUCUCCGUUGCCUCCAUCCUCGCUUUGGCUACCGUUGCCAUCGCUGCCCCAACCAAAGACCACGGAGGUGACACAUGCAAAUACGUUACUUGUGUCGACGAAAAGUUGAUUGUCCUUAAUGCUGAUGUCGGCGUCGACCUCCUUGGAAUUAACAUUGACCUUGACCUUGACAUCGAGGUUGGGCUUUUCGGGGAAAGAUGCAAGGCAUACUACUGCUGCCACAAGCCUUGCGACAAGGGCGAGCACAUUCCCGACACCUGCUGGGUACGCCACUAA